AUCUAAGAGGGCACCUGCGGCUGCCAGGUGGCCGUCCCAUGCUAGCGUGCCAGAUACCUGAAGCAGUUAAGCUGCGUACCUACGUUGAACUAUCAGCCACAUCAGAAGCUACCUGCCUCCGGUCGCGCUGCUCAGUCAGUGCUUCAGGUAGCUCCUGGUCCGGGAUGCCUGCCUGACUGACUCCUCCACCCUGCAUAUCAGUCCACCGGGGCCUUUCCUUUCUCAUCCUCUCACCGUUUCUCCCCGUCGUUCCUGACAGCCAAGUUCUUCCAUUUCGACCCCAGUGCCAUCUCCAGGUGGUUUGCUUACUGAGCUUGCCAUCCUGACUGCUUCGAUCCAUGGUCUCUUCGUCCCCUGCCGCUCUGCACGUCCCCUCGGCAGUGGCAGCAGCACCUAGCCCUGGCUUGACCUGACCGCUUUCGCCCACCGCCACUCGUAAUCGCGAGGCGCCUUCCGGGAUACAUACCUAAGCACAUUUACCCACCUUCUGCCAUACACAAUCGCAAAUGGAGAACCCGCCUGCUUCCAUCACCAUUCGCGAGCAGCGCCAUCGACAGGCCGCUCGGGCCGAGACUGCGUCCUCGCCGUCGUCCUACUCCAGCUCUCCCAGUUCGCCAGCGCCGUCUCCAAAGUCGCCGUCUCGGCCAGCCCAGAAGCAGAACCUAUUGCACUCCCGCCGGCCGAGUCUGCUGAGCUCGGCAUUCACACGGCAGGAAUGUACAACUAUCAAUAUCGGUGAGGAUCCGGACGGCCCCUUGCGACUGGUCACGUACCUCUCCUCCGACCAGGGCUUUGUCUGGAACCCGGAGAUCUUCGUUCCGUCGUACUGUAACCACGACUAUGUGCCCCUUGAGCAGCGCCACGAUCCGGUACACGAGAUCUACCUCACCGACGAGGAGAUCGAGAAGAUUCUCCCCCGAUAGACGAACGAAACGGCGCAAACGAUACCGCUUGCCGGUGGGCUGCUCGGAAGCCCACGCCCAUGUGUAUAACAUAUCCCACAGAGGGAACAGUGCUAGACCGGUUUCCCCCCUACGAGGUGCCUUGGUUCAGUACAUAAGGUGG